CGCGCGGUAUCCCGGAUGGUGGGAGUUUGUGUUAUUGUGGAUUACUGAUAUUAAUUAGUGAUUUUAUCAAUAUUAUUAUUAAUAAUGCGGGAUUUCUGCGGGGCGUGACGGGCUGCGGGGCACUGGUGGACGGUCUCUAACUCAGAUCCAUGGCACACUCUCCUCCUCCACACCAGGACGGGCGUCUGAAGCAACCCGAACGCGCUGAGCCGCCGCUGCAGGGGCUCAUCCUGGCUCCACAUGGAGCCCUGGAGAGCGCACAGUCGGCCGGGAGGAUGAAGUGUCCCGUCUGCAGCGGCUCCAGGAUGUUCUUCUGCUACUCCUGCUGCUGCCUGGUGGGAGUCAGUCCAGAACAUGUCCCCACUGUGAAGCUUCCUGUCAAGAUUGACAUCAUCAAACACCCAAACGAGACGGAUGGAAAGAGCACUGCAAUUCACGCCAAAAUCCUGGCACCUGACGACGUCUCUAUAUAUACGUACCCCUGCAUCCCGGAGUUCGACAGACAGGAGCAGAAUGUGGUGCUGGUGUUUCCAGGGCCGGAUGCGAUGGCGGUGGAGGAGCUGGCGAGUUAUUUCUGUAAAGCUGGAGUGAAAAAAGGAGUAGAGAGUCCAGCAGAAGAGAGGAGAGCGAAGAAACUCAAAGUUGAAGAACAGACAGAGAACUCACACACACACACCUGCCCUCCAGAACACACAGACGACUCACAGAAUCACACCUGUCCGGUUCAGAGGGUCAUCUUCAUCGACAGCACCUGGAACCAAACCACCAGGAUCAUCACAGAUGAACGCUUGCAGGCUUUACCACAGGUGGAGUUGAAGUCGAGGAAAACAUGUUUUUGGCGUCACCAGAGAGGAUCUCCAGACACGUAUCUGGCCACCAUCGAGGCCAUCUAUUACUUCCUGAAAGACUUCCACAUCCACUGUUUAGAGAGAGAGUAUAACGGAGAGUACGAUAAUCUGCUCUUCUUCUACUCUUUCCUGCACAAGCUCAUCAGUAAGGCUAAGAAGGAGGCUGGGAAAUCAUGAGGACAGAGUCCACAGUGCAUCAGUAAGAGGAACUGUACAAAGCUUUGUUUACUGCUUAAUCUGGAAAUUACAGGAACAGUUAAUGCUCUGAAAUCAGUGAUUCAUCUGAAAGCUGAGGUCCUUUAAUGAGGAGGAAAAAGCAGUACAUACAGACCUCUAAAUCACUGUAAAUCCUGUUUUAUUGAAAACAAAACAAGCUGCUAUGAUGCUAUUUGCUCUUAAAGUCACAUUAAAUCUAAGCAACUUGUUGUUGGUU